AUGGGGGGGCCGCGGCGCAUGUCCAGUGCGCUGCUGCUGCCCUUUGCGCUUCUGUCCCUUCGACCUACGAAUGCUGCCAACGCUACUACCUACCGGGAAGAAAUAGAAUCUUCGCUUCGUUUGGUACACGCUGUGGCUUCACGAGCAACAGGGGCGCUAUGCGUUACACACGGAUAUGGAAGACUUCGCGCCCCCCUUCAUGCCGUACGAUGGGACUCCGCUAGGGCAAGAGCCGACCUCGCCGCAAAUUUACUUCACCAGCUCGGCUUGGAAACUACGGAUUAUUUGAUGGCAGUGUCUCAAGGACUAGUUUUAGGGGCAAGUCCUUCUGAAAGAGCUGUAGCGGCGCGUGCCUUAGCUUUGAGAUCGGACGGUUUGGUAAAUAGUGCUGUUGCUUGGGAACGGUACGGGACUGCAGAUCCGGUGCCAGUAAUUGCACCACAACCGGAAAAACCACCUGAUCCUGAAUAUCCUUGGUACGUGUCAGCACAUGAAAGCGAAUCUGUUCGGUCUCCUAAAUUCAUGCCAUCGCCACCGGGUGCUACUAUGGAGGGCUGGUGGACUUAUCCCUACUAUAGUUGUGAAGCAAAACGGUGGCUCUUAUCUUAUACUGUGCCUGUUUCUUCUAUUCGAGGAUUAAAAGGCAUCGUCUCGCUCGAUAUAGACAUAUCUAGUUUGGAAAUUAAUCAGUGCGAGGCGGACACUGCAGAGAAAAACGAUAACCAGAUUUAUUCCUUUCAUGGCACACACAAAUGUCCUAAUGAAAGCACUUACUGUGAAUACAAACCGAUACGAGAAAUGGGUAUACGUUACGCUGGCUGGGCUCGAGGAUCAUAUAUAUGCCGGUGUCGUCCUGGCCACUAUUCAAUACACCAUCCUGAAGGAUAUAAUGGAUCUCUUGUGGAAGUCGCAUACCAAGAAUAUGAAGAAAACGGCUUAGAAAACUGGAACGAACCAUACGAAUGUCUGAAAUGUCAACCAGGCUGCGAAUCAUGUCGAGGACCAGAACCCUGCCUUGCCACUUACAAUUGGCCAUUUCGGAUAUCUUUGCUGGUCAUAUCAGUUACCUGUGCAGGGAUGACAGUUUGUUUAACAAUUUACACCCGUCAUCAUCGCAGGGUCAAAGUGUUCCGAGUUGCAAGUCCUGUAUUCCUCUCUAUCACUCUUCUGGGAUGUGCAAUUAUGUAUAUGGAGAUGGCAGCUAUUUUCCCAGUGUUAGAUAGAUACUCUUGUAUUGCUACAAAAUGGACCCGUCAUAUGGGAUUCUGCAUAACAUAUACUGCUCUAUUGAUGAAGACUUGGAGAGUUUCACUUACAUACCGUGUGAAAUCAGCUCACAAACUAAAAUUGACUGAUAAACAACUGUUACAAUGGAUGGCACCUAUCCUCCUUAUCAUGCUAGUGUAUCUUUGCACUUGGACUCUGUCAUCACCCCCAGAUGCUGAAGUGAUCACAGACAACAAAGGGCUUAAGUUUAAGCAGUGUACUUACAAUUGGUGGGAUCAUAGUUUAGCCAUAGGGGAAAUCCUGUUCUUGCUUUGGGGCGUUCGUGUAUGCUACCGCGUACGUCACGCAGAGAGUUUGUACAACGAGGCGCGCCUUAUAUCCAUUGCAAUAUACAACAUAUUCACUGUCAACUCUCUCAUGAUAGCCUUCCAUCUACUCAUUUUACCUCGGGCUGGACCUGAUAUAAAAUAUCUCCUUGGCUUUAUAAGGACUCAACUAUCCACUUCAACUACCGUGCUACUGGUAUUUUUACCAAAGGUGAUGCGCGUGGUGCGCGGCACGGGCGACACGUGGGACAGCCGCGCGCGAGCUCGUGGCGUGCCCGCUACCUCCUCGCUCAACGGCAUCGGGCUGGUGGCCGACGACCCGCCCGACCUCUACCAGGAAAACGAGGAACUCAAGGAAGAAGUCCAGAAGCUAGCUGCACAAAUUGAGUUCAUGAAGAUAGUUCAGAUGGAGAUGCACAACCGCCACCUGCGCCCGCGGCCCGGCGGGUACUUCACCACCAACACCAACUUGGUAGCGCAGAGCCCUAUACAUCCUAAGACUGUUAACAUUUCACAGGAUAGCACAGAAUGGAGCGGCCCCGUGUGA